UGUAACGUUACUAACAAGGCAUGCUUGUCGUCCAUCCUUCAAGUUGUUGUGACAUUUGCCUUGAUCCCUAUUCUACCUCAGAUCUCGCUACUUCUCCACAUGCAAUCGCCGAGUGUGGUCACAUCUUCUGUUUCAGAUGCCUUCACUCCUUAAACACAAACACAUGUCCCCUCUGCCGCGAAGUUUUCGAUCCAGAUCGUGUCAAGAAACUCCACAUCGGAAAUCCCUCCGAUCAAGAAAAUGCUGAAGGAGACAAUGCCGAACAGGGUGUUGUUUAUGAUCAUGCUAAUCUCCUUCUUCAUCGGAUGUCUCUAGUCUCAGGCGAAGGCAUUCCCGAAGUCGAUGUUGCUGAAGUAGUCUCCGAAGUGCAGGAAUGGCUACAGUCUCAACCGGAUGACUCCAAUUCUGUGAGUCCUUUUCACUCUGCAGGCGCAUCGCAAAUGUGACAGUUCUUAUCAAAUUUCUCAUUUGCGGUGUUUUUAGCAUAUACCACUUCGAGCUGCCUU